UGUCUGGUCACCGACAAAGCUCGAGUCUUCCGCAAGUCUCCAUCACCAAAACAGUGUCGCCGACCAUUGAAAGCGACACACUUGAUCAUGCUUACCUUAACACCACACCCUUUUAAUGGUGUUUAUGAUCACACAUUAACCAGAAUGUGGUUGCUUCUUUCAAUUAGGCGCCACCCCUUUUUUUAAUCAAUGUGGGUCCCUUAAUUAGCUGGAUGAUAAAGAUUAGAGUUGAUUAACAAUUUAGCAUAUUCUGUGAUUUGGGUGUUGUUUGAAAUUUGAAUUUUAGAUCUUGAGUUCUUGAUCAGUUGAUCUUGCCCAGAAGAAACCAUAAUCAAGAUCUUGAUUUUGAGUUCAAUUGAUCAGUUGAUCUUGCCCAGAACAAACCAUAAUCAAGUAUAUGCUAGCAUGCUUCAGAUCAUGAUUAGCAUGACACGUUAAUGCUUUCUGGGGUAUGAAUAUGGGAUCCAACAAAACCGUUGAUUCAGAACUCCAGGGCGCAGGAUCAAAACUCGGUUUAGAAAUCUGGUGUGUGGAGAACCUUCAGUUGGUUUCAGUGCCACAAUCUUCACAUGGAAAAUUCUUCUCGGGGAGUGCAUACGUAGUUCUGCAUACGGCUUUGCUUAAAAGUGGUGUUCUUCAACAUGACAUACAUUAUUGGCUCGGGAAAGAUGCCAAUGAGGUUGACUCAGCUCUUGCAUCAGACAAAACACUUGAAUUAGAUGCAGCCUUAGGGUCUCAAUCCGUGCAAUAUAAAGAAGUUCAAGGUCAAGAAACCGGAAAAUUUUUGUCCUAUUUUAAACCGUGCAUCAUCCCAGUUGAAGGCGUAUAUUCUUCGGGCCAAGGAAAAGUAAAAAGCCCAGCUUACGAGACCAGAUUGUUAACAUGCAAGGGAGAUCGUGUGGUACAUGUUAAAGAAGUGCCGUUUUCACGGUCAUCGUUGAACCACCGAGAUGUAUUCAUACUUGACACAUCAACGAAAAUAUUCCAAUUUAGCGGUUGUAAUUCCAGCAUACAGGAAAGGGCUAAAGCUUUGGAGGUGGUUAAGUACAUUAAAGAGCAUAAGCACAAGGGGAACUGUGAAGUGGCAACCAUAGAGGAUGGAAAAUUUGUUGGUGAUGCUGAAGUGGGGGAAUUUUGGAACUUUUUCGGUGGUUAUGCUCCCAUUCCGAGGGACCCACCUCAACAACCGCCCGAAGCUUUAGCCGUUAAAUUAUUUUGGAUAACACUUCAAGGAAAGUUUACUCAGUGUGGAAGUGGUAGGUUGAAAAGGUCAAUGCUUGAAUCAAAUAAAUGCUACAUGUUGGAUGGAGAGAUUCAAAUGUUUGUAUGGAUGGGAAGAAUUACAUCUUUAACUGAACGGAAAACAUCUAUCUCGGCAGCAGAGGAUUUCCUUCGAGCGCAAGAAAGACCCGUAAAUACCCAUGUAGCCUUUUUAACAGAAGGAUCAGAAACCGCCAUAUUCAAGUCAUAUUUUGACGAUUGGCCUCAAACCGUGGCACCCAAGCUAUACGAAGAAGGUCGAGAGAAAGUCGCAGCAAUGUUCAAGCAAAAGGGUUAUGAUGUGGAGGAGCUUCCGGAUGAAGACGACAAGCCACAUAUCGAUUGCAACGGUACACUAAAGGUUUGGAGAGUGAAUAAUGGUAAACUAUCCCCUGUUCCUGUUGUGGAUCAAAGAAAGCUUUAUAGUGGAGACUGUUAUACGGUGCAGUAUAUAUAUUCAGCCGACGGAAGAGAGGAACGCCUAUAUUAUAUUUGGCUAGGAAACAAGAGUUGUGCAGAAGACAGAGAUGAUGCAGUUUCUCUUACAAGUGUUAUUGUUGAUUCAACUAAAGCAGAGCCUGUUUUAGCUCGAAUUGUUGAGAACAAGGAACCAAGUCAAUUCUUCAUGAUAUUUAAAACACUAAUCAUGUUUAAGGGUGGUAUGGGUUCAAGAUACAAAUCCAGAGUUGCUGAAAAAGGCGUUGGUGAUGAAACUUACGAUGAUAAAAAGACAGCCCUUUUCCGAAUUCAAGGAACAAACCGCGAAAAUAUGCAAGCUGUCCAAGUUGAUCAAAUUUCUCGAUCUUUAAACUCUUCAUACUGCUACAUUUUAAAGGCGGACGGAUCUAUCUUCGCUUGGCUUGGGAAUCUAUCCACUACUCAUGAUCAUGAUCUUUUGUAUGGAAUGUUAGAUUUGAUCAAUCCAACAUGGCAACCGAUAUUAGUUAGAGAAGGUAGUGAACCCGAUGUUUUCUGGGAUGCACUUGGUGGAAAGACUGAAUAUCCAAAGGAAAAAGAGAUAAAACGAUUUGUUGAAGACCCUCAUUUGUUUGUUUGUACAUUCACAGAAGAUGUGGGUUCUCAACCAGGUGAUCUCAAGGUAAAAGAGAUAUUCAGUUACACUCAGGAUGAUUUAACUACCGAAGACGUGUUAAUACUCGAUUGCUACACUGAAAUUUUUGUGUGGGUAGGCCACAAUUCAGCGGUUAAGUCAAUGCAACAAGCCCUUUCUAUUGGUCUGGCGUUCCUCAAGAAAGAUGUUUUGGAAGAAUGUUUAUCCAUGGAUACUCCUACAUAUGUUGUUAAGGAAGGGCACGAACCUCCGUUUUUCACUAAUUUUUUUGAAUGGGAUGCUUCAAAGGCUAAUAUGCUUGGCAACUCGUUUGAGCGUAAGCUUGCUAUUCUAAAAGGCCAAACACAAAAACUUGAAGCGCCUUUAAGAAAUUCACCAAGUGUUCACUCGAAAGAGACAACGCCAACCGGGUUGAGAAGACCUUCUCCGACUCCAAACGGGCUGAGGCGACCUUCUCCAACUCCGAACGGGUUGAGAAGACCGUCUCCUACACCUAAUGGGUCAAGAAGACCUUCGCCAGCUCCUAACGGGUUGACCAGGAGACAAUCUUUUGAUUCCUACACGCAAAGAAGCACGUCUCCGACUAUCUCAAAUUCGGAAAUUAGUAAAGUGAAUCCUCGUCGGUUUUCUAGUCCUCCGGUUCCCAGAAUCAUCCCAUCAGCAUCUUCUCCCGAUCUUCGUGGAGCAGAUAUUAAACCGGUUUCUGGAAGUUCUUCAGCAAAAGUGAAAAUCAAUCCCUCCAAAGAUUCGGGUCCGAAGCAGGAACUGGUCAACUAUCCAUACAACCGCGUAAAAGUCGGCUCAAAAGACCCUGUUCCAGAUAUAGACAUCACAAAGAGAGAGGCCUAUUUAUCCGAAGAGGAGUUCCAAGAGAAAUUUGCCAUGUCGAAAACAGUUUUUUAUCAGCUUCCCAGGUGGAAACAAAACAAACUUAAGAUGUCCCUUUUUCUCUUCUAGAGCUUCAUCCGUAAUAUUAUUGAAGACAGCCUUGUAAUACGAUGAGAUGUGCAGUUACGCGUGUUUGAACGAGAGUGAUAUUAGAAUUCACGGCUAUACUUAUAUUUGUUUGUUGUUUGUAUGUUUUGAUGCUUCUGAAAAGCCAACAGUGACCAUACUUGUAAUAUUAGAGAACUAGUGGGACUCCUCCGCGCUACGCGGCGGGAGUUUGAUCGUUUUCCCCAUGGUACGUGGCGUGAUUUUGGUUGUUA